CAAGGACGGACUGUCCAGACAAACGUCGGAGAUGGACUCUAUAUUCUAGAGGGGUUUCUCAAAAACAGUCUUUGCUGAACGCUCCUCCCUCUGGUCGAGGGGCCAUGAAGCAGGAUCACCUGGAGACUUCCCACAUGUACUGCGUGUCGUGUAUCCAUAUAACAAAUGCGCCACCAGCAUCCUAAAAGAUGUGUCCAACGAGAUGUCGAGUGCAACCAAAGCUGUUGCACUAUCACAAAGCAAACACGAGCAUAAGGUAAGGGCAAUGGACCGUGUCGCUCAUAGCAUCCAUUUUCUAGAUGGAUGCCAACAUCCUGUGAAGACGUCGCUUGCCUUCUCGGCUGACUUCUCGAAAGUUCAAACCCUUGCUCAAUUCGACAAGGUAAGACGCCUUGGUUCAUGGCGUCUUACAGCCCGGUCGAACUUCCCAUCCCAAUCUUUCCCCGUAUUUUCCGCUGUCCACGCCGGUAUUUAUACUGUCCACAUACUCUACUAGAUUCUGGC